AUGGUGCAGUAUCCCCCUCCUCAGUGCCUCUGUUUUGCCACUGCUCAGCCAGCUAAUUAUGUUCUACCUAAAAGCAACGAUUUUCCGAAUUCAGGGGUUCUUUUCCGUCUUCUAUCGGACCUGCAUUGCAAAAUCAAGAAAGAAGUGGCACUCACCAGUGGAGAGCUCAUUGUCCCAUCUCUCAAACCGUCUAUAGGAUGCCUAGUUAAGUACGGCUCUAUCACAGAAAAAAUCCUAGAUGCUAAUGGAAGGCUUAAGGAACAUGGAGUGUUUGAAGGAAAUCCUGAUGUUGAUUUAACAGGAAUUGGAUGUGAAGAUAUACAGGAAGGUAUUCUUGGAGAAUUGAGAAAACUUUGGAGAUCUAUUGUGCCAAGCAAAAUUCAUUUAUUUGGGUGGAGGCAUAGGUGGGUCCAAGGCCUGACCAGGCUCUGGCCCAAAAUUUCUUUGGGACUGAGGUGA